GAAGUGUUUCCUACAUAGCAUCAAUAGUUUACCUAGUAAUUUUGUUGUUUUUGGAACAGGAUAUGGGUUGCGUAUAUACAUGUUAGUGAAUUAUAGAUAUAUAAUAAGUCGCCAAGUUUAAAUACAGAUAUGAAGUCGGAAGACAAGAUUAACGACAAGCGACAACUAUAUCUGGUUUAAUACUAUGGCUGACCAAAUAAAAGUAUUUACUAGUUUUAACAAGUCUCUAGAUAUACAAACACAAACAAAUAAAUCUACUAAAGCGAUUGAUUCAGAAGAGACGAAAGUAAAUCGACGUUAUUCGAAAUUUACAGCCAAAGUAUUUCCAGCUAAGACAACGAAAGGGAAAAAUGUAUCAGGUCUACGAGUUAUUUUGCACAACACCCUGACACCAAAGGAUGGUACAGGGAUUGAGCUGUUAUUUGCUGUAAAGAAUAAGAUGAAAACAGAAGCUUUAAAACUCAUCGACAACGGAGCUGAUAUACAUUGUCUUGAUCAAACAAAAUGUAAUGUCAUACAUUAUGCUGCCUUAGCAGGAUAUGACGAUUUGAUUUUACAAUGUCUUUCCAAAGGUACCAGUGUACACAUCCGGGAUUGUAACGGCGAUACAGUGCUUCAUAAAGCUGCACGAUCGGGCAAUGAGACAACCAUUGUCGCUUUGGUGGCAAAUGACGCAAAUGUUAAUGCAUUAAACUUGCAAGGUCAGACUCCGUUGGAGCUAGCUGUCAUGAAAAAGCAUGUGAAGGUUAUCGAUGCUUUGUGUCUAUUUGGAGCAGAUCUUGUCAUGCAAGACUGGCAAUGGUUAGAAGAAACAAUACAGUCAAAGAAAAUGAGAGAUCAAGACAUUGUUGAGACAUUCAAGAGGCAAAACUGUCGUGUUGCUGGUUAUAAGCAUGGUGGCAUAAAAUUCGCUGUUAAACACAUUGAAGCUGAAAAUGAUACGGAUAUGAAGAAAUUAGGAGCGACACUUCUGUCACAGAAUUUCCAACAUCUACCAUACUUCAUCUACUGUUCCAAAAUUCAUGUAGAAUACACGAAUAUCCGUCAGUAUAUCAGUGAAGGCGAAGAGUUGUUCAGUGAUAUAUUCGAAUGUAAAACAUGGGGGUUUUCUGGUAAUACAGUCACUUUGAAACUAAAGCUUAAUGGAGUUCCAAGGCGCAACGAAACAUUGAAAGCCAUUUCUCCUGAUGGAAAUGUAGCACAUAUCGACAGCUCUACUCGGUUUAAAAGGAAAAACCACACCGAUGUUACUGUAACUGUCAACAUCAAACAUGGUGCAGUUAUUUCAUUUAUGUUUGUUACCGUUGUACAACCAGAGGUAUUCACCAUCUUGCAUGAGUCGGUGAUCAUUCAACCGAAGAUGGAACCAGGUGCUGAAUUAGAUAUACCCAAGGACACUUUUGAUUCUCCCGGACAUCUUCUGUUUAAUGUUUUGGAGACAAAAGAUGUAAAUAUUGCAGUUACAGAUCCGAACAAGGAAGUGACACUAGUUACAAAUAUCAUUGAAAUUUCCAUGAGUAACCAUCAACAACCUAAAAAACCAAUCGACAUAAAGUUACCAACGCAUUCGAUGAUAAACGACGACAAUGAAAUAGUAAUAUUAACGUCGUCAAAAGAAUAUCCAGAGGAAAUAAAAGAUUGGAAAAUUAUUGCUGCUCAAAGAGAUAGUCGACAUAGAAGUGCUUCUUUCAAAAUCACACACUUCUCUAUAUAUACAGGUGUAACAAAGAAAAAGGUGGAUACGGAUAUGAUCGGCGUUUGUAAGGAGAUCAAAAAAGCUUUGAAUAAAGAACGAAAAAUCGAGUUCUUUGCACUAGCAAAAGCAAUUUCCUGGGACGAAUACGCAAUUGUUAUAGAAUGUGCAUUAGAGAGAAAGGCAUCAAAUAGAAAGAAAGCUUGGGAGAAAGCGCAGUAUGAGAUUCAAGCAGAAAAUAUUUGCCAUACAGUCCAGAUCAAUCAGUGGUUUAGGAUUACGUUCAGCGGGAAUAUAAAUAUCAUAGGAUCAGAGAAAUCAGAUACACAGAGGCUGAUGUUUCACCCGAACAGAGAUAAUUACCAGACUUUCAAAACUGAGAUAUCAAACAGAAUUAAUCCUCCGAUUGGUCGAAUCCAAAUAGAGCUUAUAGAAGAGAAAGAACAGGAACCAAUCAUAGUGUUGAACAGUGUUAAUUGUUGCAUAACUAAAGAAACAGUAAUACCACAGGAUCCAAUCACGACAUACACGAAUCUCACAUCCUUUUCUGUCAACCUUCAAUCUCCAUCAGCUGUUAAUGAAGACAAUCAACCGAAGAAUACUCAACACUUGAUUGAUAAUGACUGUACAAUUAACGUUCUUAAGAUAAGUUCAUUAAUGCAACUAGCUAAUAAACUUAACAAGGAUGAAGCCCAGCAAUUAGCUAUACAGCUAAAAGUGUCCCCAACAGAUGUAGUAGCAAUUUCAAAGGAACUACCUAAGAUUGAUGAUUUAUUGCAUGCAGUAUUCUGGAAAUGGAGAGGAAGGCGUCCAUAUAGCAGUCAAAUUAACACUCUGAUUGCCGCAUUAUUAAGAAUUGAAAAAGAGAUUGAGGCUGAGGAAGUUAGAAUGGCACAGAAAGACGAUAGGGAAAUAAAUUUUAGCUGGUAAUUUAGAAGUAAAGGACUAUCCCUAGCAGACUGGUCAUUCUUGAUUUUGACAUGAUAUUAUCGAUUAUAAUAAGUUGAUAAUAUGAUUGUUUCAGCUCAAAAUUUGCUUGUGAUAUUUAAUCAAAAUAACUUGUAAAGGGACAUCCGGUGUAUAACACAAAGAUCUUAAAUGAACAAUGCUAAUGUUGUUUGUGUUAGAACGAUGAAUUCUACAAAGUCAAUUUUGUAUUUUAAUGUUUUAUUUUUAUAAUAAGAAUUUCAAAUAUAUCACUUCAACAUUAUUUUCAAAUGAAACACAGAAAAGUAAGUUAACUACCUUUUGUACAACUAAAAUCAAGGCAACUGCCCUAGCGAAAAUAUAUGGCAAUCUUUUUAGCGGUAGAUAUUCAUUGCAUUUCAAGAUGAGAUGAAACCUAUCUUCCAUCCCUAAAUAGAGAUCACAAUAAUAUGUAUUCUUUAUGUGUCAUAACUGUACAUUUUUAAAUACAUGCCUGUCAAUAUUAAUAACAUUUAAUUUAUUUAAGACACAGAAAUAAACAUUGUAUUUAUAAUUUGAGUUGUAAAUUUACAAAGUGUUCGAGUAUAAAGAUAUAAAAUGUCGAAAUUUUUAAAAGAAAUAAACCAAGUGCUCGCCUUGAACAUAUGUGUGGGUGUUUGAAAUUA